AGGUCAUUUUAUUCCCGCUCAAUUUAACAAAUUUUUGUUGAGAAUUUAGAACAAAAUAUCUAAUAUUAAAAUUAAAUUUUAAAUUAUAAUAUUUAUUAAUUAUUAAUAUUUCUUAUCUAGUACCUUAUCUGUUUAAAUCAUUAUUUAUUACACUUAACUUACAAUAUUAAUCACAUAUUCAUUUCACAUUGAACUAAACCUAAAAACAAAAAAUUGUGGAUGAUAUUGAGCUGACAGUACUUAGUUGGAAACAUAUAAUAAAAUAGUAAUUUGUCAUAAGUAUUUUAUUCAUUAUUAUUAACACAGUAAUGCGAUUUUUUACUCAGCGCAUCAAGCACUUUGGAGCAUUUAAGAUUAAGUUCAGUCGAGCUUAUUCUGAGAUUUCAUAAAAAUUGAAGAACAAUCAACAAGAAUGCCAAGAACAAAGAAAGAAGCCAUAAAUAAUAAAAAACAAUGCAUAUCAAAAAAAACUGUGCCAAAAAGACCGAGGAAACCCGCUUUUAAAUUUGAUAUAAAAAAAAUUUUGAAAGAAAGACGCGCUGAAGGACGGCUUUUGAAGCAAAGUGCUGAACUUGAUGAAGAAAUGAAAGUUAUUGAUGACUUGUAUCAAGAAAAAGUAAAUGAGACUAUUGAUUUUGAAGACAUCAAUAAACUUCCUCUCGAAUUAACAAAUUUGGAUCAUGUUGUGAUUGACCGCUCUAAUUUUAAUAUACCCUUUAAAGACAAUUCAAUUGCUGAUUCGAAAAAAUUAUGUAUACAACGCUUUGAAAUAAUGUCAAUUGAAAAAAAUGGACUUGAAGCAAAUAUUCAUUUUAACCACUUAAUGAAAGAAAAUUGGUCACCAGAAUUUAAUGAUAUCCAUAAUAUUUUGUGUAAAUGGCAACCUGAUUUGGAUACUUCAACUAGUGGUCCAUCAUUAGAAUAUCAAAAAAUUGGACGGCAUAAUUUUGAAUUAAUAAUAAAUUUCAUAUCGCACAGUAUACUUAAAAAUAAUAAGAAAUUUAGUGUUGCCGAGUUACUAACGAUAGCCAAAUAUAUUGUAACAAUAUCUUUUGAUCAUCUUUGUGGACAAAUGAUAAAUGUGAUUAAAAGAUUAUUUAGUGUUUGUAUUGAAACAGCAUUAGAAGAAGACAAUGAUACCACUAUUAUAGCGUUUGCUCAAGAAUUGUAUUCAAAAUACAAUGAAGAUGAUUUAUUAAAUAUGAUGGUAGAUUUAUUUCUACCUUUGAAAGGAGAAAUAAUGAAAAAAAUUUAUACUUACAUAACAUUCAAAUUAUACAAGUCACUUUUAGGAAAGAUGGAUGAUACGAGUGCAUUUCCAUCUUCCAUCAAAGAAUGGUUUGUACAAGAUUUUGUAGAUAAGAAUUAUUUCAAUAAAAAUGAAAGAAAAAUAUUAUGCAGUGUUAUUCAACUGUUAGAACAUGUUGUGGUUGUAUUUGAUUUGUAUCAAGAAGAAGAAAAACUGCAUAAUAUGUAUCAUUUUCUGAACGCUGCAGUCAAACCAACUGGAUUGUCAGAUUCACUAAAACUCGUUAAUAUUUUGGACCAAUGGAGGUUACGGUUAUUCCGUUUACAUGUCAACCGUAACACUAGUUUUAAUUCUAAUUAAUAAUAAUUAAUUAUACUAUUUAUGAAUAAAUAUUUAUUAAUAUGUAAUAUACAAGUAAAUAUUAAAUAUUGUUAAAUUUAUUUUUUGUAAAAUCCAAUAUAUAUAUAUUAUUAAAAUUUUGGUACAUUAA